UGGUGACUUUGGACUUAUCGGCCUUGCCGUUAUGGGCCAAAAUCUCAUUCUUAAUAUUAAUGACCACGGUUUCGUUGCAGUUGCCUAUAAUCGAACUGUAUCAAAGGUAGAUCGUUUCUUGGAGAAUGAAGCAAAAGGUACCAACAUUAUUGGUGCUCAUUCCAUUCAGGAUUUUGUACAUAAACUCAAAUGCCCACGCAAAAUCAUGCUUUUGGUCAAGGCUGGUCCUGCUGUUGAUGAUUUCAUUGGACAACUUCUCCCUUAUCUCGAUAAAGGCGAUAUAAGUAUCGAUGGUGGUAACUCUCAUUUCCCGGAUUCCAUCCGCAGGUGUAAAGAUUUGGAAGAAAAAGGUUUCCGAUUUAUUGGUUGUGGUGUCUCGGGUGGUGAGAGCGGUGCUCGUUACGGCCCUUCCCUUAUGCCUGGUGGUAGUACUUCUGCUUGGGAGCAUGUUCGCCCUAUUUUUCAGUCCAUUGCUGCUAAAGCUGACAACGAACCAUGCUGUGAUUGGGUCGGUGAGACUGGUGCAGGACAUUAUGUUAAAAUGGUUCACAAUGGCAUCGAAUAUGGUGAUAUGCAACUUAUUUGUGAGGCAUACCACUUAAUGAAAGAAG